AUGAUUAUUAUAUUUAGAUAUAAAAGCGGUCUUUUCCCUUAUCAAACAACUCCAAAUUUCUUUAGUUCAAAGAUAUUUUGCUUUAACAAAACAGCUCAAAUUAUAUUGACAAAACAAAACGGUAUCUUCUGGUGGUUUUGUUCAAUAUGUUGGAUAAUGAUCAUCAUUAAAAUGAUACGAAGAGAGUUUAUACAAUUUAAAUUAUAUGUACUCAAAAAUGUAUUUGUUCAACAGAUAAUGUUUAUCCUUAUUUUAUCAUUAAUAUUGGAUGUCUCUUCAUACAAUUGUAGUUAUGGGUGCGAGCAAGACAAUUGUAUAUUAGACAAUGUUUGUAUGUUAUGUAAAAAUGGAUUUCAACAAGAUACUUCGUGUACAGAUUGUAAAGGAUUUAAUUUUUCUGAAAGUAUUUCAGAGACAAAUCCACUUUAUGUUAAAUUAUCUCAAAGUUGUACCAAAGUUGAUUCUUCGUUAGUUGUUAAUAAAACAGCAAAUAAAGAUAUUUCAAAAUUAAUAACAACUGACACCAUUUUAACACUUACUUUUGAUGAAAGUACAAUGUUUGAUUAUGGUCCUUGCUAUAGAGAAGAACACAAUACAAACGAUAAGUAUAAAAGAGGACAUUGGAUACGUUUUGAAUUUGAAGAUACCAUUGAAGAUACAAAAACAAUUGAAUUGUUUUUUAAUUUUAAGACUGAAAAGAAAAGUGAAUUGCACAUCGAUUGUGGAGACAUUGACCAUAACACUUUAAAAUUGGUCUGUUUAGCCAAAGAUGUUAUAUCAGAAUCAAAGAAAGUGACAUAUCCACUUAUUAAAUACAGAAAGACUGGAACCAAAUAUGUCAUCUACUUUUAUGUUUAUGUGAAUGAUGCAACUAACUUUGAAGUUGACAUUUCAGCUCAAUUUUUAAGUAACUGGAAACCUGAAAUCACCAAAUCUGUUUACGAUUCAGACUUGAAAUUUUUUGAUCGAGCAGAAACAAUGGUAUUCAAUGUAUAUCGAAAUGGUUAUAACAUUUAUCCAACAUGUUAUCCUCAUAAACUCUCAAAAGCAAUUUUCUUUGAGGUCUUUCUAACUUCUGAAGAGUGGAUUUUGAUAUAUUCAAAUCGAGAGGGUGGGUAUCGAUUUCUUCAAGAAGUAGAUGAAUUCAAUUAUUCAAAAUGUGUUGGCCUUUGGGAACCAUUAAAAUUUAAACAUCAAAAAACUUUGAGAGUUGGUUCUAUUCAUGGGUAUGUCCAAAAAGGUACAACCAGACGUUUGUAUGCCGUUUUUAGUGAUGACAAGAAAGAAUACAUCAAUUUAAAAAUAUCAAAACUAUGUCCUGAUGGAUGCAAUAGUAACACGGGUAACGGGUAUUGUUCAUUUCUUCGUCAACAGUGCGUAUGUAAUGAUGGAUUUGGAGGUGAUAAUUGCAUCAAAAAGUGCUAUCACAACUUUACUUGGCAAGAGGGUAUAGAUCAUUCAAAUUUGUGUUAUUAUGGUUCUGAAGGAUGCAAUUCAAUGUGUACAUGCGAAGAAGGAUACACAUUGGACAACAAUUUAUGUGUUUCAGCACAUUGUCUUAACAGUGAAAUAGAUACAACAAAAGAAUGUUUCAGAAACAGCGAAGGGUGUUCUUCUUCUUGUAAAUGUAUUGCGUCGAAAGGGUAUGUCUUUGGGAAAGAUGGCUAUUGUAAAGUGAAAACAUGUGGUAAUGGAUUAAAAGAAAUGUUUGUUAAUGAUUUUGGGGAAACAAUAAGUGAAGAAUGUGAUUCAGUGAAUCAUUGUGAUGAACUGUGUCGAUGUGAGAAUGGGUAUAUUGGAGAUAUGGAAGGUAAAUGUGUAAUUAAUUACUCAAAGAAUUACGAAUUUAUUUUUGGAUUAACUGGGUCACUUGCUGGGUUGUUUUUAGUAUGUUUAUCUAUUAUAGGAAUGACUCUCAUUAUUAUCAACAACAUCCAAAAAGGUCGUAAAUUCAGUGACCUCCAAACAAAGGAGUAUUACCAUUAUAUACAAGGAAGUAAGAAAAAUAGUUUAUUAAUAGAAAAGAAAUUCACAAUUCAUCCAAAUGAGUUGGACUUUGGCAAUGAUGAGAAUGCAACUGAAAUUUUCGAGACGAGGUUUGAAAAAAUAGAAAUAAGAAAUUAUUCAAAGAAGAAACAUAUGAUGGUCAUUUUCCAUGUUCCACAAACCCCAAAAUACUCGAUAGUGUUUAACAAACAAGUUGUAUUUAUAUCAGCGCUCAAGAAGCGUACAACAAUCACAUGUUUUUUGACAUUGAAUUGUUCAACAAAAAUCUAUGGUACUAAAAUACCUUAUACAGUCUGGUUUUCUUAUUCUUCAAUUGCUCUCAAAAGUAUUCAAAAGCUUCUUGAAGAUAAAACGUUUGAAACCUGGACAAAAGAAGAUCAAGAUAGAUUCGAUACCAUUGAAAGUUUGAUUGAGUCGCGUUACAACGGCUCUUUAGAAAUACAGACUUCUGCUGUCAAUUCAACUCAUUUGGAUUUGGAUGAGAUUCGAAUGAGUGAAGAUGUUAUAGCUGAAGGUGCAAGUGGGAAAAUACACCUUGGAAUGUUUAAAGGAAUUCCAGUCGCUGUGAAGAAAUUCAAUUGGAAAGGACUUCCAGAAGACGAAAUAUUACGACUGAAAUUAAGUGUUUUGAAAGAAUGUGAAGUGAUGAACAAAUUAAGAAAUCCAUUUGUUGUGAAUUACAUAGGAUCUGUGACAUACACUGAAGAUAUUAUCAUCGUGAGUCAAUACUUUACUUUGGGUAGUUUAGCUCAAUAUAUUAAUAAAACCAAAAAGAGGAAUUUUUCAUUAUGUGAUAUAACAAAGAUGAAGAUGUUACUUGACACAUCAAGAGGGAUGCGAUUUCUCCAUGAAAAUAAGAUACUUCAUUUGGACUUGAAACCGGAUAAUUUGUUGGUGAAUUCUUUAUUUCCAGACAGUGCUUGUUGCAUCAAAAUCACUGACUUUGGCACGUCACGAACAAUCAAAUGUACAAGGUGUACAAACAAUCAAGAAAAGGGUUUAGGCACUCCACUUUAUCUUGCACCAGAAAGUUUCAAAGAUGUGUAUAGUCAGUCAAGUGAUGUCUUUUCCUUUGCAGUAACUGCUUGGGAAGUAUUUCAUGAAGAAAGUCCUUACGAACAAAUGAAUUCGAUCUUUGCUAUCAAGUCGUUUGUUAUAAAUGGAGGGCGUUUAGAAAUUGAUUCCGAAAGGGUGACUCCUGCGCUAAAGACUCUAAUAACUCGAUGUUGGAGUAACGAACCCGACCAACGUCCUGGCUUUCAUUAUAUUGCUCAAAUUCUUUCUCAAGAAACAGAUGUUUUACUUUCAGACCACGCCACUGCCAAUAACACAGACAUAGAGACUUUUGUUUCUCAAAAGAAUCAGCUUUUAUCCGAGACACUAGUUUAUUUAGAAGAGUGA